GCCAAUCAGAAUAAAGCCUGUUGGGACGCCUUACUAGGGCGACGGUCUGGACGCCUCCGGCUUCGGGAUGAAUUAGCGGCGGGUUCGCCUGGAGGUUGUGACCCCCACGGAUUCCCCAGCUCGCGCACGCGCCGCCUGCGGGGUCGCGCGUCCAGCUGGUCACAGUGCUCAUGACUUCAUUCAUGGAAGGAAAUUCAGAAGGGAUUGAUAUUUACAAAAGCCAGAGAAUCAUGGUGUCAUGGAAAGGGAUUUACUUCAUACUCACUCUAUUUUUGGGAAGCUUUUUUGGAAGCAUUUUCAUGCUGGGUCCCUUUUUACCUUUGAUGCUUGUAAACCCAUCCUGGUAUCGCUGGAUCAGCAACCGCCUUGUGGCAACCUGGCUCACACUUCCAGUGGCAUUGCUGGAAACCUUAUUUGGUGUAAAAGUGAUUAUAACAGGGGAUGCAUUUGUUCCUGGAGAAAGAAGUGUUAUUAUCAUGAAUCAUCGGACAAGAAUGGACUGGAUGUUCCUGUGGAAUUGUUUGAUGAGAUACAGCUACCUCAGGUUGGAGAAGGUGUGCCUCAAAGCCAGUCUCAAAAGUGUUCCUGGAUUCGGUUGGGCCAUGCAAGCUGCUGCCUAUAUCUUCAUUCAUAGGAAAUGGAAGGAUGACAAGAGCCAUUUCGAAGACAUGCUUGAUUAUUUUUGUGAUAUCCGUGAACCACUUCAACUCCUCAUAUUCCCAGAAGGGACUGAUCUCACAGAAAACAGCAAGGCUCGAAGUAAUGAUUUUGCUGAAAAGAAUGGACUUCAGAAAUAUGAAUAUGUCUUACAUCCAAGAACUACAGGCUUUACUUUUGUAGUGGACCGUCUAAGAGAAGGGAAGAACCUUGACGCUGUCCACGACAUCACGGUGGCAUACCCUCACAACAUCCCUCAGACGGAGAGGCACCUCCUGCAGGGGGACUUCCCCAGGGAGAUCCACUUCCACGUGCACCGCUACCCAGCAGACACCCUGCCCGCAUCCAAGGAGGACCUGCAGCUCUGGUGCCACAAGCGGUGGGAGGAGAAGGAGGAGAGGCUGCGCUCCUUCUACCAAGGGGAGAAGAAUUUCAGCUUCACCGGGCAGCCUGUCAUCCCUCCAUGCAAGUCUGAGCUCAGGGUCCUCGUGGUCAAAUUUCUCUCUAUACUGUAUUGGACCCUGUUCAGCCCUGCCAUGUGCCUACUCGUGUAUUUGUACAGUCUUGUUCGAUGGUAUUUUAUAAUCACCAUUGUCAUCUUUGUAUUGCAAGAGAGAAUAUUUGGUGGGCUGGAGAUAAUAGAACUUGCAUGCUACCGUUUUUUACACAAACAGUCACAUUCAACUGCAAAGAAAGAUGAGUAAGAUUGUACGGUCCAGUGUGACAACCUAGGAAAUAUUUGGGAAAUGUAAGCCUUUGUAAACUGAGAUGCGUUUUUGCAUGACUAUGUCAGAUAUUUCCUACUACCAUCAUUAUUUGUUGAAGAUACUUUGAACUUAGUUUUGUGGGAAAAUAUUGCCACACACAUGAUUUUUUUUUUAAAUCUCUGAAUGUAAUUUCAACAUGCAGAGCAGGGAGCAAUUGCUGUGAAUUAACUCGGGCCAGAGUAUUCUUAAACAAUCAUCAAGCUGUUCACAGACAAGGUGCGCACAAGGUUUUCUCAAAGGCUCGAUCCCAUUUUCUAACAAACUGUGUACAAGAGGCGCAGCACUGGCCCAGCUCAGCUGCUGGCACUUCCUCCAGGCCCCUCCCUCCCAACUCCUUUCUGUGCCAAUCAAACCACUGCAUCCUUCCUUCAGACCAGAAAACAAAACUCUUGUCCUUUGACCAAACAUUUUGAUAGAAGUCCUUCAUUAUUCAUAAGACCGUGGCAGUUAGCCUUGCGCGACCUGGGAGUCAGAAGACCACCUGUGCCCUUUUCUCCUGUGGAGAAUAAGCUCUGGGCUGUCUCAGGGCAACCGCAGACUUUCCACUUAGAAACCUUCGUUUACUUUUUAACGAUAGGAACUAAUACAGUGUAGUUCUUCACUUCUAUUUAAUUGCAUAUGCUUAGUGCUGGUUUCGCUACAGCAUGUCAGCAGGUGUAGCCUCUUGUGUGUUAAAAACAGUAAAAAGUCACUUUUUUAAAGGAAAGUGUAGAACAUUCUGUUGCUGCAGUCAGAAACUCUUCUUUGAAGUUGUCUCUUUUGAAAUAUUUCUCCAAAACCUGCCUACAAAAGGAAGGUUAGUGCAUUUUCUACAUGUGCACGGAACUCUAACUUUUGCCAUUAAAACAACAACAAAACCCUUGCAGACAAGGCAGUAAUGGUUUAUCCUAAAUUACUGAACUCUCGUAGCCUUGACAAGCUCUUCUCUUAAAACCAAAAUAACGCAAAAAUGAAUCCUUUGUGUGUUUUUUAAUAACAAGGGAGCGAUCUCAUUUUUAAUCCUAGGCUUCCUCUUUCAAUAGUAAAAUUUAAACCCAGUUUUGACCAGUUGUCCACCUAUUUCAGUCAUUUGGAGUCAGUGGAAAACUCAGUAAACCAACAGCACCAGCCUCCAAGGCAUGAGAAGCACAUGGUCAUGUCCCCUCUCCUGAAGCUGCCACUGCUUUUUUUGUCACAUAAUGAGGAUGCUGUUAGAGCAGCAGAGAAUCGGAGGCAAUUGAAAGGCUUUAGCUGUUAGCAAACCUGUCAGCUUUACUCCUGCCUGGAACCCGCCUCAAAAGCUGUUUAUUGCUCCCAGUACUCUUGGCACGAAUGCCUUCCCCUUACUUCCAUCUCAUUUCUGCUGGACGGUGACUUUUACAAACAGUUGAAACAUGAGGUACGCACAUUGUGAGCUGAACUUACCGAGUGGCUUCUUUGAGAAAGUUCUGUCUGCGCAGGGCAAUGUGGACCCCCGUCCUCACUGCGGGAGGACUAGCAAGGACCUCCGCCAGACGCACCAACUAUAUGUAACAGCCCUCGAGGCUGUUAAACCGCCAGGAGCUCCUAAUCAGUUAUUGUGUGCAUCUGCUGCAAGCCCAGCUGUGUGUCGUUUUUUAGGGUAUUUUUAUUUUAAUAUUUUUCCUAAUAAAGGAGGUUUCUCUCAGGCUUCCUUUGGUUAUAUUUGGAAACACACAACUAGUCUUAACAAUCAGGAUGGCGAGGUGCUCACACUGCAGCCCCUCUUCCAACCUCACCGCUCACUGCUCCCAGGGCAUGUCCUCCUUAACGCUGCACUGGUGGAAGGGAAAUCCUUUCCUUUCUGUUAAAAAUGUUUUUUUCUCAUAAAAAUAACACGUUUAAGAUAAAAUGCAAACUUUUUUAACCUGCCCCAUAUUCAUAAGCGCUAAAACUGAGGUAUAGAGACCCUACUUCAGAAAAAAAAAAAUUGCUUAUUUUCCAACACACUUGUAUUUUCUCUCACUUAAAGAAAUUAAAGAGCUAAACGGUUUCUGAUUUGGAACUUAGAGCCAUCUGAAGUUGGCAAGGAAAUGUCAAGUAGAAAUGAAUUUAGAUUCUGUGUUGUGGUGGCCUCAGGAAGGACCCCUGCACACCUUCCCACAUCGUCUCUGUGGACUCAGAGCAGCUGCUGGCACCCACUCAUCGCCCUGUCAGGCCUUUGCAGGUGAGCUCGUUGGCCUUUGAAGUAUUUACCGUGCUGUGUGUCCAGCUGUUAAAUCACUACCACCCGGAUACGCUUUCAGUAACGUGCGUGUGGUUUAUAGAGGCUGUGAACGUUCCACUGGAAACGAAAGCCCAGGAGGAAGGCACCCGGGUUCCUCCACCAGAAACCUUUCCCGAAACAGCUAAAGGAAUUGUGAGAUUCAGCGGAAGAACACGGUAAAAGGUUAGAAGAAAAAUAAGUGUUAGAGCCCGUAAUUUAAAACUAAUAAAACCCUCCUUGUGUGUAAUACUAUUACACACAGAUUAGGGGGAAAUAAUAACGUACACUUGAGUCACCUGGGAGCCGGGACUGGACGCUGCCGAAAGGACUUGAGCGCUGGCCCCACCUCAUGCCCCGGCACUUUCACAAGAGACUCUGAAGGUGGGGAGAGGGAGGUGCCUGCUGGUAUUCAAUUGUUUACAUUUCUUUAUAUAAAUAAUGUGCUCUCAGUGCCUUAGUUAUAGGUCCCUUUCUUUUUCUUGUUCCAAGAAUUUCACAAGGUGUUUCUUAGGUCUCUUCGCUACUCAGUGGGAGUGGUUCAUUAGCCACCGGGCACCAUGGUAAACACAACUCUGGAUGCCACCAGGAGAAGAGCCGGAACUAGCAUGGCAUACUAGUUCCCGGGUGCCUGGGAACUAGUAUUUGCCAUAGAGAACAUGCAUGGUCUCGUCACAGGGUGCGCUUCAGGUUAGAUGUGGCCCAGAAGGUGUCUUGUACCGACCUUAAAUCUUUAUUUCAGAAGAGAGUCUUGGUUUUGGUAAUUUAUUUUUUAAAGGAUCAUUAUGUGCAAAACACCAAGUUUUAAAAAUAACUCACAGAAGGCCUUAGUUUUCAGUGUCCACUGGUAUGUUUGUGAGUUGUGUUACCUGUAAUGUAAACCUCAGAAUAAAUCAGAGUGAAUUAGAGUUUA